UAUGUAAUCAGCUGAUUUCCGGCGAGCGAGACCAACCACAUCCAACGUCGUUGUUUUUUUUUUCGUGUUGGAAGCAGGAGGUAAACAAGAAAUUUUCCUUUUGUCAUCCCAAAAACCAGCAGCAGCAGCGACAGAAAAAAAAACUCCAACCAAAACGAAAAAAAAAGAAUACAAUCAUCACCCAGAAAAAAACUCUGCUGCUGCUCUAGAAAUUUAUACAUACACCCUAAAUACAUUUUCCAAUUCCACUCUUCACACAAUAAAGAAAAUAAAAUGUAUUAAAAUUUUCAUUAAUUCGCUUAAAAAAAGCGAAUUAAAUUUUGUAGAAAAAUUCUCUCUAAAAAACAACAAAACGUUUUCCAACAAAUAUUUUUUUUCAUUCUCAAUUACACACGACACAAAAAACUCAGAAAACCAAAAAAAUUAGAGAAGAAAAAAAAAAAAAAUAAAAAUUACAUAAAAAAAAUCCAUCCAAAACCAAAAACUUGGAAAAAAAACUAUGGCCAUGGAUAAUCUGAAAUUUAAAUUCAUCGGAGUUCUGCGAGAGGACAAUGCGGUCAACAUGAAUAACCUGGCUGGGAUUUUGCAUUGCAAACGUCGCCUCGAAUGGACACGCGAAUGGCUGCGAAAGAACCAAAACCAAUUCACUGCUAAAGAAAACAUUCUCAAGGAAAUUCAAUUCCGCAGCAAUGAAAUCUAUCAUCUGAAUUGCUUCUUCGACAUCACGGAGAAGCAAUUUCGAUUUUUAGUUAAUAAAUUGGGACCACUCAUUACAAAUUAUCAGCCACAUCGCAAGAAGAAAUUCUUUAGUGCUGAGGAACGUUUAGCUAUAACGCUUAAAUAUUUAGCUACAGGCGAGUUCCAUUCAUGUAGAAACUACUGUUUCCGAGCAUCAAAACCUGUGAUAUUGAAGAUGAUCGGCGACAUCUGUAUGAAUAUUUAUGAAACACUGAAGGAUCAUUUCAUUUCCACCCCAAAGACUGAAGAAGAAUGGAAAACCAUUUCCAACGCGUAUUACAAAAAAACUCGAGUUCCAAACUGCAUUGGUAGUCUAACAAUGAAACACAUUACGUUCAACAAACAUCCCCUCAAGCAAAGUGAUGGCGAGGACACAUUAAUAUUUACCGGCAUCGUAGAUAGCAAUGAUAAUUUUGUCUACGCCAAUGUCGAACCCAGUCCUAAUAAUAGCGAAAAAAUAUUCGAAUCAUCCACAAUCAAAGGCCUAAUAGAACAGGAUCAAAUGAACUUGCCAAAACAUCCCGACACCGGACCAAAUUACUUCUUUGUCGGCCACGGUGCCCUGCCAGUUAAACCAUACCUCUUGAAUACUCUCAAGUAUGUUCCAUAUAGCAGUAGUGAAAGUUCCACGUGGUUCAAUUAUGGUAGUCCCGAAUACAAAUACUGCUAUGCCAUGGAUCGAGUAGAAUACAACUCGGAGAGCGCUUUACGCAUGUUGACUAAUAUAUUCCCGAUUCUCUCAGCGCCCUUUCGAAUCGACAGUGAGAAUGCACGAAAGAUUACUCUCGGUUGCGUUGCUCUGUAUAACUUUUUGAGAAAGACAGAACGUUCGUUUUUCAAAAGCUCCGAGAAAAUCAAAUGCGAAGAGGAAUGCAUUGUCGGCGACGAAGAAGAACUCAAGGAACUCGAAGAAAAUAGCCCCAAUAUAUCCGAUUCGAUGUGCCUCAAGGUACUACGAAAGCAAUCGGGUGAUGAUGAAUUGGCUGAUGUUGGACGAAAGUGGCUAAUCGAAUAUUUUUCCGAUCGAAAGAAUCAGAUUUUUUAGAUAUGGAAUUAUAAUUAACAAAUUUAAUUAAAGAAAAAUAUAUUUAUACGUUUAUAUAUAUUAUUACAAAAAUAUAUAUUUACGUUUAUAUGUGUACUCGCUAUCUUCCACCUUGAUAAUUGAGUUUGUUGGAAAUUACUAGUUGUUUUAUUAAUUCUUUUUUAAGUUCAUAUUUAUAUACAAUCAUUAUAUUUUCAAAACAAAAACAAAAAAUAAAAUUAGCGUUUAAAUAGGAGGAAUUAAUAAAAAUGAUGGAAUACAUUUGAAUUUCCAGUAUUAAAAACAAAAAAUUCUAA